AUGUCUUAUUUUGAUGAUUCACAACGUCAAGCCACAAAGGAUGCAGGAUAUGUUGCUGGACUUAAUGUUCUACAAAUAAUCAAUGAACCUACCUCAGCUGCAAUCGCUUAUGGGUUUGACAUGAGUACAAAUAUAACUCGUGGAACCAAUGUGCUCAUCUUUGACUUGGGGGGUGGUACUUUCGAUGUAUCUAUUGUCACCAUUGAUGUAAAUGGUACGUUUCGAGUUAAUGCUGUUGCUGGUGACACUAACUUAGGUGGUCAGGACUUUGACAACGUUAUGGUGGAACAUUUUGUGAAGCAAUUCAAUGAAAAACACAGCACAUAUAUGAGUGGGAAUGUGAAAGCACUGAGUCGGUUGAAGAUGGUGGAUAGUUGUUUAUGUGAUCCAGGUUUUAAUAAGACAGAUAUAGAUGAGGUAGUUCUUGUUGGUGGGUCAACUAGGAUACCUAAGGUCCAACAAUUGUUGAAAGACUUUUUUGAUGGGAAAGAGCUUUCAAAGAAGAUCAACCCAGAUGAGGCUGUUGCAUAUGGUGCAACAGUUCUUGCUGCUAAGUUAAGUGGAGAAAGUAGUCCACAAGUUAGCAACUUCGAGUUGAAUGAUAUUGUCCCAUUGUCACUUGGUGUAGCUCUUUAUGACACCUCUUUAUCUGUUAUAGUAAAAAAAAAUGCGAAAAAACCAUUGACAAGGCAAGCGAAUUACACUACAACUGAGGAUAACCAAAGUGCUAUACUUUUCAAUGUCUAUCAAGGGCAGAGAACUAGGGCUAUAGACAAUAACUGGUUAGGAGAAUUCACAGUUGCAGUUCCUGUUGCUCCGAAGGGUACAUCACAGGUAAAAGUGGUAUUUGAUAUCGAUGAUGAUGGUAUUUUAAACUGCUCCGGGGAGGAAGUAACCACUGGGCUUACAAAGAAGGUAAGAAUCGACCAUGACAAGCAGAGGCUUUCAAAGGCAGACAUCAAAAAAAUGGUGCAAGAUGCACAAAGGUACAAAAUAGUGGACGAGGAGUUCACGGAAAAGAAUUCUGCACGUAGCGAUUUGGAGGAUUACAUUUACAAAUUGAAGAACAAAAUCAAAAGCAUAAGAAGCAAAAUCAGAAGCGAAGACAUUGAAAAAAUGGAAAACGCGAUAGAGGAUGUACGCCGCCAAAUUCUUCAUGGAAUGAAGCUUGCUGAGGUUAAGGAGUAUACUACGAAAUCGGAUCUGUUGGCAAAUAUAUGUGUCCCAAUCCUUGCCCGGUAUCCUUGA